AUGACCAGACGCCUUGCUAGCAUAGAAUAUUUUCUACACAGUUUAGAAAAGUCAAUUGACAGACCGUCAAAUUUAAUCUUUUUGACAAAGGCAGCUUGUGUACAAAAACGAAAAGCUAAUAUAACACAACAGGUCCUGCUCCCUCCGACUUGGGGAGUUAACAUUGAUGAUGUGAAGGUGAUGUUCUGUGAAAUCCAAAUAGUAGAAAGAGGAAAAAGAAAAGCAAGAAUUGGCUCUUUAAUGAGAAUGUUGCCUAUACCCGUGCUACACAGAUAUGUAACAGUGCCAGUUGUUACUCAAGUAAUUCAUAUUUCCUGUAUGACUUCAGACUGGGUAUGGAUCAGCGAUGCUGAUUAUCUCAUUUUGACAAAUAUGGAAGGUAAAUUAAUGCAUUAUCUUAUCAGGAAAUGUGUGCAUUACGGAGCACACUCAGUAAACAGUAAUAACGAUCUUAUCUAUAUAGACAACGAAGACAAUAUCAAGAAACUUUCUAAAGACAAUAAAACAGAGUCUAUUCUGAUAGAGAAAACAGAACAAUGUACACCAAGCUGUGUCUACUGCUCUCCCUGCAAUGGAGAUUUAUUUGUCGGUAUGGUUGUCAUGGAAAAGGGUCGAUCUAUUCUGUUUAAUGCCAAUGUAGUUCGUUAUAAUAGCAAUGGCCAACACAUCCAGACCAUAAGGGAUUAUACUGAUCCUGCCUAUAUCACUGAAAACCGUAAUGGAGAUAUUAUUGUCUCAGACGUGAAAAUGGGGGUUGUGGUCAGCAACUGUUAUGGAAAACAUCGUUUUGUUUACACAGGACCUGAAUUAGGACCAACAUUAUCUCAAUAUGGAAUCUGUACAGAUGCAAUGUCAAACAUACUUAUCUGUGAUAAUAAUACUCAUACAGUGCAAAUGAUUGACAAAGAUGGAAUUUCAUUUCACUGA